AACUAUAACAUACAUACUCGAUCUAACUGCACUGCAGUCUGCAUAUAUGGCUUCUUCUCAUCAAAAAAAUAAUUGUAGCACAGACCUUACCUUGGGUUUGGGUUUGGGUUUUGCAUCUUCUUCUUCUUCUUCAUCCUAUAAUAACCAUCUCCCUUAUAUCUCCAAACCUAAGACUCCUAUGUCGUCAUCUGGGCUGAAUCUCAGUCUCUCCUGCGAAACCUCGGAUCACGUGAUGAACAAGGUGUCCGCCGCCGGUUUGUGUCGUCAGGACAGCUCUACUUCCUCGUACCAGUCGAACGCCACCCCCGCCAAAAGGGAGAGGGAGAUCAUCGGUAUUAAUAACUCCAAAGCUGCUUCCAGGAUGCUCAUCAUCAGUGAUGAAGAAGAGUACGAUGAUGGUUGUAAUAUAAGGAAGAAACAUAGGCUCUCCAAAUCCCAAUCCGCCCUUCUAGAACAAAGUUUCCGCCAACACACCACUCUCAAUCCGGUACAAAAGCAACAGUUAGCCAGGGAACUCAAUCUUAGGCCCCGACAAGUUGAAGUCUGGUUCCAAAACAGAAGAGCCAGAACGAAGCUUAAGCAAAUAGAAGCAGACUACGAGCUGCUGAAGAAAUGUUGCCAGACGUUAACCGAUGAGAACAGGAGGCUAAAGAAGGAGGUACAAGAGCUUAAAGCACUGAAGCUAAUGAAGCCCAGCUUGUACAUGCAGGCGGCGGCGCUAACCAACUGUCCGUCCUGUAGCGGCGGCGGCCACGGUGGCGCCGCCUGCAAAACCAAAACCAAGACCUCUUUUACUUUGGCUCCCAUCCCUCAUUUCUACAAUCCAGUAACCAGCCCCUCUGCUGCUUAGCUUCAAUCUUCAUUUUUAAUUACUGUAUAAUAUUAAUUACUCCCAAACUUUUUUUUUUUUUUUUUGGUGAGGUCUUGUUUGUAAAUAUACGUGAACAAAAUUUAUUACUGCUGUUAAGUGUUAACUC